AUGCCCCACAGGUAGGAUGUGAGUUAAAAGAGAAGGAGAAAUUCUGGAGUGAGUUAGAUAAAGUGAUGCAGAGCAUCCCCAGAGGUGAAAGAGUGGUGAUUGGUGCAGACUUCAAUGGACAUGUUGGGGAAGGGAACAGAGGUGAUGAAAAUGUGAUGGGCAGGUUUGGUCUUCAGGACAGGAAUGUAGAAGGACAGAUGGUGGUGGACUUUGCAAAGAGGAUGGAAAUGGCAGUAGUAAAUACUUUCUUCCAGAAGAGGCAGGAACAUAGGGUGACAUAUAAGAGUGGAGGCAGAAGCACUCAGGUCGACUACAUCUUGUGUCGACGUUGUAACCUGAAAGAGAUCAGUGACUGCAAAGUGUUGGUAGGGGAGAGUGUAGCCAGACAACACAGAAUGGUGCUGUGUAAAAUAACCCUGGUGGUGAGGAAGGUGAAGAGGACAAAGGCAGAGCAGAGGACAAAGUGGUGGAAGCUGAGAAAGGAAGAAUGUUGUGAAGUCUUUAGGGAGGAGUUGAGACAGGCUAUGGGUGGUCAGGAGGUGCUUUCAGUUGACUGGACAACUACAGCCAAUGUGAUCAGGGAGACAGGUAGGAGGGUACUUGGUGUAUCAUCAGGUAAGGGGAAAGUGGACAAGGAGACUUGGUGGUGGAAUGAGGAAGUCCAGGAGUGUAUACAGGGAAAGAGGCUAGCUAAGAAGAAGUGGGACACUGAGAGGACUGAAGAGAGUAGACAGGAGUACAGGGAGAUGCAGAGUAAGGUGAAGGUAGAGGUGGCAAAGGCCAAACAAAGAGCAUAUGAGGACUUGUAGGCUAGGCUAGACAGUAAGGAGGGAGAGGUGGAUCUGUACAGGUUGGCAAGGCAGAGAGAUAGAGAUGGGAAGGAUGUGCAGCAGGUUAGAGUGAUUAAAGAUAGAGAUGGAAAUGUACUGACAGAUGCAAGGAGUGUGAUGGGAAGAUGGAAGGAGUACUUUAAGGAGUUGAUGAAUGAGGAAAACGAAAGAGAACAAAGAGUAGAAGAGGUGACUGUUGUGGAACAGGAAGUAGCAAAUAUUGGUAAAAGUGAGGUGAGAAGGGCGUUGAAGAGGAUGAAGAGUGGAAAGGCUGUUGGUCCUGAUGACAUACCUGUGGAGGAUUCCAGAGGAAUGGAGGAGAAGUGUAUUGGUGCCAAUUUUUAAGAACAAGGGAGAUGUGCAAAGCUGUGGCAAUUAUAGAGGUAUAAAGCUAAUGAGCCAGACAAUGAAGCUGUGGGAAAGAGUAGUGGAAGCUAGGUUAAGGGCAGAGGUGAGCAUUUGUGAGCAGCAACAUGGUUUUAUGCCUAGAAAGAGUACAUCAGAUGCAGUAUUUGCUUUGAGGAUGCUGGCGGAGAAG